UACGCGCAGGGCCCACCCCCGCUUCGCACCGCCCGGGCCCUCCCUCGGUCCCCUAGGAAACGCCCCUUCCUCGGUGGCAAUCCCUCUCCCCAGCAGCCAAUCAUCGGCCAAGGGCCGCGUCACGUGACGCCGCGGUUCGGCCCGCCAGCCGGGAAUGAACUGGCUAAUCCCCUUGCCGAAGGGUGAAUGGCCCAAUCAAAUCUCUCCAUCCGGUGUUGGAGCACCGGAUUUCCACGAGGCGCUCGGGGAGGGAGAAGGCUGUUGAUUGGGCUACGCCGCCGGAAGCGGCGUGGAAAUGUGUUGUGGCGGUGAGGUACAGGAAGCCCCGAAGGGUCAAAAGGAAUACAAAAGCAAAGUCUGAUCGCUUGCGUUCAGCCGUUGUCCUCUCUGUCUUUCUUUGCUAUUUUUUUCUAAGAGCGAGUGGCCUUGGCGGCGGCUGCUGCUGCGGCGGCAGCGGUUUGGGUUAGGCGCCGCGGAGGUGAGGGAGGCUCGCCUCCCGCGCUCUGGUAGGUCUGUCACCUCCCUGCUGUGCAGACUGGACUUGACUCAGACUCUGAGUCCCUGGGAUUCUCCAUUAGAAUCUGCUGUGGAAGCAAGAACAGACUAGUCCAUUAUGGAUGGAGGGGAUGAUGGUAACCUUGUCAUCAAAAAGAGGUUUGUGUCCGAGGCAGAACUAGAUGAGCGGCGCAAAAGGAGGCAAGAAGAGUGGGAGAAAGUCCGAAAACCCGAAGAUCCGCAAGAAUGUCCAGAGGAGGCUUAUGACCCCCGGUCUCUGUAUGAGCGGCUACAGGAACAGAAAGACAGGAAGCAGCAGGAGUAUGAGGAGCAGUUCAAAUUCAAAAACAUGGUAAGAGGUUUAGAUGAAGAUGAGACCAACUUCCUUGAUGAGGUUUCUCGGCAGCAGGAACUGAUAGAGAAGCAGCGACGAGAAGAAGAACUGGAGGAGCUGAAGGAGUACAGAAGUAAUCUCAACAAGGUUGGAAUUUCUGCAGAAAAUAAGGAAGUAGAGAAGAAGCUGGCUGUGAAACCCAUAGAAGCCAAGAACAAGUUCUCUCAGGCAAAGCUGUUGGCAGGAGCUGUGAAGCACAAGAGGUCAGCCAGUGUGCACACGUGUAAAUCUCCCUCUGGCCACACACUCCGAAAUGCCACUUGUAAUGGUGCCCAGUUCAAAUGGUUAUUCAGCAUGUUGCUGUGACAGUGUUGUUAGUGUGCUUGCCUUUCUCUCCCCUGCCAGAUUUAGUGUCCGUGUAGCCUUUGACCUGAGACUGACUGGAUCACUCAUUCGUAUAGCUGACUUCUAGCUCUUCUUCACUGAGCACCUGCUGUGUGUCAGAUUUCCUCAAAUGAGUUCACAAAUUCCUCUCACCCGUUCACAGAGCAUCCUUUAUUACGACCCCUGUUUUACAGACAGAAAGACAACGUGGCUGAUGAAGAACUCUGUCCAAGGCCAUACAGUCAUAAAGCAAGAGUUCAGUGUUUGCGUUUUUGUGUCUCUAGGCAGAUGAGGCAGCAGGUGCUUGAGGAUUGUUGUUGGUGAGCGGUGACAGCCUGGAGGAGGAGCACAGCUCAGCUCAGAAGUU